GCUGGGCUGGAAUUGGAGGUUCGCACCUGUAAAUCCCAGCCCCAGGCGGCGGGGACCAGGGUCGCAGUAGUUUAACCUCUUCCCAUCAACUUGGUUAAAUGGAUAACAUGGGACUACAUUGGUUUUCUGUGACAGAAGGAUUGCACCAUACUACACCAGAGAAUACAGAGAGGAUAGACAUCACAGAUAGAUCCUGACCAUUAUCCAAGGAACAACUGCACAACUGUGGGAAGACAUCCAGUCCCUUCGCAGCAUUGCUCAACACAGAUAACAUUGGGCAGUAAAACCAUCAUCUGGAAAUCAGUCGGGUCAGGGGAGCUUUGACAUAUCAUCAGAUCUGAAACUGGUCAGUGGUGUGGAACCUUCCAUCAGAACCAACCUUUCUGAAGGUUCGGCUGUGGGCGAUCAGUCAGGGUGAGGCUGGGAAGAAGUGUGAGUGGCUCCAAAUGUGGUAAAAGCUUCAAACAUUCAUCGAGCCUCAUGAACCGCUGACCCAUUCCUACAGGUUCAAGUGUGAGGAGGGCUCCACAGGCUCAUAAGAUCGCUUAACACGCAAGGUGCAUUUGUUGUCCCACCAGUAACACGACAGCUACAUGGAAGAUAAACCAUUCAAGUGUGAGGUGUGUGGUCGAGCUUUCACACAUCCAUCAACAUUCGAGAAUCACCAACACAGCCACACUGGGGAGAAGCCAUUCGAAUGUGAGGUGUGUAACAAGGGUUUUGCACAGUUACCAGGCUUAGUGAAACACCAGCUCACUCACACUGGAGAGAAGCCAUUCACAUGUGAGGUGUGUGAGAGAUCAUUCUCGCAGUUGUCGAAACUCCGCACACACCAACGCAUUCACAAAGGGGAGAAACCCUUCAGGUGUAAGGUCUGUGACAAAUCAUUCCUGUCAUCCUCGGAAUUCUGCACACACCAACGCAUUCACACUGGGGAGAAACCGUUCAUGUGUAAGGUGUGUGAGAAAUCAUUCUCGGAUUCAUCAAAUCUCCGCAAACACCAACGUAUUCACACAGGCGAGAAACCAUUCACAUGUGAGGUGUGUGAGAAAUCAUUCUCAAUAUCAUGGAGCCUCCGUAAACACCAACGCACUCACACAGGGGAGAAACCAUUCAGGUGUGAAGUGUGUGAGAAAUCAUUCUCUCAGGCAUCGAGUCUCCGGCAGCAUCAGAGGAUUCACACAGGAGAGAAACCAUUCACUUGCAAAGUAUGUGACAAAUCAUUCUCUCAGUCAUCACAUCUCCUGGACCAUCAGAGGAUUCACACUGGGGAGAAACCAUUCACGUGUGUGGUAUGUGACAAUUCAUUCUCAACAUCAGCAAACCUUCGCACACACCAACGCCUUCACACCGGGGAGAAACCAUUCACAUGUGAGGUGUGUGACAAAUCAUUCUCAACGUCAGGGAACCUCCGUAAACACCAACGCACUCACACAGGGGAGAAACCGUUCAAGUGUGAAGUGUGUGAGAAAUCGUUCUCUCAGUCAUCACAUCUCCUGAAGCAUCAGAGGAUUCACACAGGAGAGAAACCAUUCAGGUGUGUGGUGUGUGACAGUUCAUUCUCGACAUCAGCGAACCUCCGCACACACCAACGCAUUCACACCGGGGAGAAACCAUUCAGCUGCGAGGUGUGUGACAAAUUAUUCUUGACGUCAUCAAAUCUCCUGGAGCAUCACAGGGUUCACACAGGGGAGAAACCAUUCAGAUGUGAGGUGUGUGACAAAUCAUUCUCAAGGUCAAAAUACCUCCAUGUCCACCAACGCAUUCACACAAGGGAGAAACCGUUCAGAUGCGAGGUGUGUGACAAAUCAUUCUCUCAGCCAUCAUACCUCCGUGAACACCAAAUUAUUCACACUGGAGAGAAACCAUUCAAGUGUGAAGUGUGUGAGAAAUCAUUCUCACGGUCAUCAAGUCUGCUGGAUCAUCAGAGAAUUCACACAGGGGAGAAACCCUUCAAGUGUGAUAUUUGCGAUAAAGCUUUCGUGAGAUCUACGAGGCUCCUGAGACAUCAGAGCAUUCACACAGGAGAGAAACCCUUCAGGUGUGAGGUUUGUGAUAUGUCUUUCAUCCAAUCGUCUGAGCUCCUGUCGCACCAGAGAGUUCACACAGGGGAGAAACCCUUCAAGUGUGAGAUGUGUGACCGAGCGUUCACACAGUCAUCGACGCUUGUCCAACACCGACGCAUUCACACUGGGGAGAAACCAUUCAAAUGUGAGUUGUGUGACCGAGCUUUCACGCAGUCAUCGGCGCUUGUGCAACACCGACGCAUUCACACUGGGGAGAAACCAUUCAAGUGUGAGGUGUGCGACAAAUCAUUCUCACGCUCAUCUCACUUUCUUGUACACCAACGCAUCCACACUGGAGAGAAACCAUUCACAUGCAAAGUGUGUGACAAAUCAUUCUCGCGGUUGUCAACUCUCUGUGAACACCACCGCCUUCACACAGGGGAGAAACCGUUCACGUGUGAGGUGUGUAAUAAGGGCUUUGCACAGUUAUCAGGCCUGUUAAGUCACCGGCACAUUCACACAAGGGAGAAGCUGUUCAAGCGUGAGGUGUGCAACGACGCCUACAUGGAAGGGAAACCAUUCAAGUGUGAGCUGUGCGCCCGGGCUUUCACACACAAAUCAGCACUCGUGAAACACCAACGCAUCCACACUGGAGAGAAACCAUUCACGUGUCAGGGAUGCAACAAAUCAUUUUCGGACACAUCGACCCUCAGGAGACACCAACGCGUUCACACAGGAGAGAAACCAUUUAGGUGCGAGGCAUGCAACAAAUCAUUCUCGUGGUUACUGGCUGUCCGUGCACACCAACGCAUCCACACAGGGGAGAAACCCUUCACAUGUGAGGUGUGUGACAAAUCAUUCUCACACUCAUCGAACCUCCGCACACACCAACGCAUUCACACUGGGGUGAAACCAUUCACGUGCGAUGUUUGCAACAAAUCAUUCUCACAGUCAUCAAACCUUCGUGUACACCAACGCAUGCACACAGGGGAGAAACCAUUCACAUGCAAGCUUUGUGAUAAAGCUUUUCGGACGUCUUCAACUUUCCUAACGCACCAAAGGAUUCACACAGGGGAGAAACCCUUCAAGUGUGAAGUGUGUAACAAAUCAUUCCCUGGGUCAUCGAACCUCCUCGCACACCAGCGCAUUCACACAGGGGAGAAACCCUUCACUUGUGAGGUGUGCAGCAAAUCAUUCCUGGACUCAGCGACUCUCCUCGCACACCAACGCAUUCACACAGGGGAGAAACCAUUCUCUUGUAAAGUGUGCGACAAAACAUUCUCUUGGUCAUCAGCCCUCCGUGUGCAUCAACGCAUUCACACAGGGGAGAAGCCAUUCACUUGUGAGGUUUGCGAUAAAGCUUUUGUGACAUCUACGAUCCUCCUGACACACCAGAGGAUUCACACAGGGGACAGACCAUUCAGAUGUGAGGUUUGUGAGAAGGCUUUCACUCAUUCCUUCCACCUCCUGACACACCAGAGGAUUCACACAGGCGAGAAACCCUUCAAGUGCGAGGUGUGUGACAAAUCAUUCUCACGGUCAUCGACCCUCCGUACACACCAACGCAUUCACACUGGGGUGAAAUCAUUCGCAUGCGAUGUGUGCAACAAAUCCUUCUCGAGGUCAUCAAACCUCCUGUUCCACCGGAGAAUCCACACAGGGAAGUAGCCCUCCAUGUGUGAGGUUUGUGAUAAAGAUUUGGUGAAGUAUUUGACCCUCCUAGAACACCAGAAGAUUCACACAAGGGAAGAACUCUUCGUAUGCAAUGUUUAUGAAAAGGCUUUCGCCCAAUCCUCUGAUCUCCUGAAGCACCAGUGGAUUCACAAUGGCGAGAAAUCCUUCAGAUGUGAGGUGUGCGACAAGGUUUUCACACAGUCAGGGUAUCUCCUGAGCCAGCAACACACUCACACAUGGGAGAAACCCUAUCGGUGUGAGUUCUGUAAUAAAGCCUUCACACAGUUGCCAGACCUCCUGGAACAUCAGUGAGCCCACACGGGAGACAAACCCUUCCAGUGUGACGUGUGUCAGGAUUGUUUCAUCUAUUCCUCUCUCACCAUACACCGACAUCCCCAUAUAGACCUGGAGCUGGGUCACCUGCUUCCGUUACACUGAGAGUUGGCUGUUGUUUAUCCUCCAGUGUUCACACGGGAGCUGUCAUUCCAAAGCACUGUCUGUCUCAGCAGCGUCAGUCUCAAACCUCUCCAACCACUAGUCCAAUCAUUUCAAGAAGGCCAAUUUAACCUUAGACCAGAUCACCAAACAUCACCAAAAGAAGACAUCAAUAUGUAUAGAAGCUCCUGUAUAAACUCAGCAUCCUUUCAGUGCAGCAUCAGGUGCAAGUCAGUCACUGAUUCUUACUCUGACCAAGAAGGCAGUCAAACACCCAGUGGUUAGAAAGGCUUCAGCUUCUGAUCUACCAGCACAAGCACCCAGGAGAGGAGCCAUUUCUGGGGUAGUAAUGGAGGGACUUCAAUUAACCUCAGCAUCUCUGAUAUAUGGAGGGGGAGAAUCAACCAGGAAUCCCGUUCCUCAUCAGUGACCCCAGCUGGGAAGUUAGGGGGAGGGCAGGAUGUGUCUCGGAUGUGACAGUCUCCAUUGUCUCACAACAUUCACUGUCUGGGUCUACACAUGCUGAAUGGCCACUCGAACAGAGCACUAGAGGCCAAUCAAUGUCCACAGUCUGUCCUCCAGGUCGAUACCUUGAGGAUUGGAGGGAAUAUGAGAUGGAAAGAGGGCAUCAACCCUUCAUCAACAACUUGCAAUUAUACAGCACCUUUAAUAUAGUAAAAUGUCUCAAGGUGUUUCAUGCAGACAUAAUCAGAGAAAAAUUAACACUGAGACAAAGAAGGAGAUAUAAGGAGGGGAUGUCACUGUAUCUCUGGGAGGGUUUCCUCAGCCACUGGAAGUAGGUGAUUCAGGAGAAUGUGUGUCAGGAUCUUUUUGUUAUGAACAAGAGGGAAAUACCUUAAUAGUUUCUGCAGCAUGUUUAUCUCCCGUCUUGAAGAUAGUUACAAUUGUCACAUUCCUGAAGUCGGAGGGAGUUCCUUUUCCUCCCAAAUCUGUAGGAUGAGUUCAUGGAGCCUUGAUGUGAGCAGAAGUCCACCAGCUUUGAAGACCUCAGCUGGAAUACCAUCAGGGCCACAGGCUUUGUCGUUUUUUAUCUGUUUGAUUGUUUGUUGCAGCUCUCCCAUUGAUGGGGACUUACCCAUGGAUUCUACCACAGGCACAGGGGAUAGACUGGAGGGUAUCAGCUGUCACUGUGGAUUCAUGGUUGUGGUGUUGUUCAAAAUGUUCUUUCCAGCAUUAACAGAUGGCAUUGUCAUCCUUAAGAAGAGAAAUACCAACAAAGGGGAUUUUGUCCCCUUGGUCUAUUGCUGGCCCCAGUGACUUCAAAAAAGAUUCACAUGUCAUGAUGAUCAGCAUAUUGUUGGAUCUCUUGGGCUUCUCUUCCCACCACAUGUCCUGUACCUUCCGGAUUUAUCUUUGGGAAUCCACAAAGCUUGAACCAAAUGGACUGGGCACAGGAGCUUCGUACAGCUGACUUUAUUUGAGCCCAAUGUUCUGGAAUUGACUUGGAUGUGUGAAUAUUUUCCAGAUUCCCGAUAUGAAUGUGUUGUGUGUUUGUGUGUUAGUAAAGUGAACCAGCAGUUGGGAGUGCGUAUGGGGUAAAAUCGGUCCCUGCUUUAGUUGAAGAUUUGAAUUAGAGACAGAUCCUCUUCAGGUGACAGGCAUUUGACUAACACCAUGGGGAAUGUUUGUACUCUCCUGUCUGGAAGGACUACUAUCCUGAGUAUAAUGAGGGAGUCAAGUUGAGUCCCCAUCAUACCUCAGUGUAAUAACGGUGUGAUAUGUUCACCUUACACUCUUCAAGAUUCAUUUCAUGUUCUGGGAAAGAUCUUGAGUCAUUUUCAAAUGUAUUUUUUAUUUUGGUUGAUUCAAAGUUUGAUGCGAACUGAAUAUUGUGUUUUUGUUCGUCUGCUGUUUAAUCAAUUGUCUGUAUAGAUUCAUAACUCACAAUAAUUUCAUCUAUUUUAGCUUAACCCAAUCUA